UCAUGCAGACAUCGCUCGCAUGCAAUUAGGACUCCGUCUUUCAAUGCUACACGUCAACCGCAUCUGUAGCGAAUGAUGGCAUAGGAGCCUUUCUGCAGCGGUGAGGUUUCAACACCUACUCUGACUAUGGAGUUUAUCACCGCCCUCCAGAGCGGCCUCGAUGAGAACAAGCCCUCCCUCUUCGAGCUGCUCUCGGAACAACAACUUGCAUCUCUCAUUCCCCCCUCCCUCCGCUACCUGCUGGCCGUCGCAACUCACCGUUACCCCCGCUACUUGCUCCGCGCUCUCAACUCGUUUGACGAGCUGUACGCCUUGCUGUCUUUCGUGGUAGAGAGGCACUACCUCAAGGUCUACGGAGGCGGCUUCACAGAAAACUUCUAUGGCCUCAAGCGUGAGCGUGUACUGCGCGUGAAAGGCGGCGAGAUCAGGCGAGCACAGCUAGGCGCCCCAAACGAAGUGCGAGAAGCUCUCAAACUCCGAAACCGCGAUGUCUGGAAGAACCUAGCCAUCAUGGUGGCGUUACCUUACAUGAAGCGCAAGCUGGACGAGUCGUAUGAUAUUCACGCAGCGUCGCUAAACGUGCUGGGUCCGGCCUAUAGAGAUAGAGAGUUGUAUCCGGCAGACGGCACAGUCAGACAGCGAUUGUUCUGGGUCUACAAGUGGUUCCUGCGGAAAGUAUACCCGAGCAUAAACGCGGCAUACUACUUUUCGCUCCUUGCCUUCAACCUAGCGUAUCUCUUCGAUGGCACAAAGUAUCAUUCACCGUGGCUGUGGCUCGUAGGAACGCGGAUUCGGAGGCUGAAUGAUGCUGAUCGCAAAGCGAUCGCGCUGGCAACGGAGCCUAAAGCCAUACCGUCUCCAAAAGCAGGCGCCAGACCGGGUCAAACGAAUUCAAUCUUUAACCCUGCGACCAUGACUCAUUUGGCUGGUCCGCGUUUGUUGUCAAGCUUGCGCAUACUGCUACCUACAUCUAUCUUCGCGCUGAAGUUUUUAGAGUGGUGGCACGCUUCAGACUUUGCCAGGCAAUUGUCGAAGAAGGCGAAUGAAGGUCUUCAGCUUCCACCACCAAGCAUCUCUGGUCUAAUAGGCGCAACCGCUAAGCCGGACACCAACAGAUCACCGGAUGAUGCUGCUGAGAAGCCGACUUCUCGCCGCGAUUCCGGCACCGGCGGGCCUCCAAUUUCUUCAACCACCUUCCUUCCAAUCCUAACCGUACCUGCCCCAGCCCAUGCAGAUCCUUCCGAUCCUGAUUCGGCGAACACUACCUCGCUCUGUCCGAUUUGCCUGAGCGAAGUUCAGACUGCCACUGCAGCCCAAACUGGCUUUGUGUAUUGCUACAAAUGUAUAUACAAAUGGGUCGAUGGUACUCAUCCACGGCAAGAAGCGUUCAUGGAAGGCAACGCUUCUGCCGAGGAUAAAGAAGGUGCGCGAGGCUGGUUUGAGGAAGGCGGCGGUAGUCGAGAGGGCAAGUGGGAGAGCGGUAAGGGCAGGGAUGCUGUAACCGGCCGCAGAGUGUUGGGUGGGACGGGAGGCUUGAGACGAGUGAUGGUGUGAAGCAUGAGGGAACAGUCUCCGCUUUGUCACACAACCAUUCAGCUCGUCUUGAGCGUUCGACACCUCGAUUAGAGCUUUCAAGGGCACCCUUGCCGAUGGGCACAUUCAUAUCUAUGAGGUUAGUUUGCGUAAGCCGCAGC